GAUAAUUUGAUUUCAAUAAUUUCGGACACCCCCAAGCUCUGGUUGCAUAGCACCGCGAGGAGAUGUAGGAGUGGCUUGCUUGCUAAACCAGCUACUAUACCUAGUUAGCAGAGAGGUGUGAAAUUGUCGCAGCAAUUUUGCUUGUGCCUCAAAACACUGUGCCAUCCAAACCACUCCAUGUGACCUUUAACAGUCCUGCUGAAUAGGAGAAAUGAGGACCAUUUGUGAGUGAGAUAUUCCAUAAACACUCCUGGACAGGUUUACAUUGGUGAGAUGGAUUUUCUCCAGGCAUUGACUCACCUAGCCUUGUAUUCUUCAGAAAUUGGUGUGUAUCAGUGAUGUGCCAUGGGGUACGACGUCACCAGGUUCCAAGGGGAGGUGGAUGAAGACCUGCUGUGUCCCAUCUGCAGCAUGGUACUGGAGGAGCCAGUGCAGGCCCCACAUUGUGAGCAUGCCUUCUGCAAUGCCUGCAUCACCCAGUGGUUCAACCAGCAGCAGAUCUGUCCUGUGGACCGCAGUGUGGUGACACUGGCUCACCUCCGACCUGUGCCCCGCAUCAUGCGCAACAUGCUCUCCAAACUCCAAAUCGCUUGUGACAACGCUGGCUUCGGCUGCCCAGCCACACUGCGGCUAGAUCAACUACAGUCUCACCUGAAGGACUGCGAGCACAACCCCAAAAGACCUGUCAACUGUGAGGAGGGCUGUGGGCUGGAGAUGCCGAAAGAUGAGAUGUGCAACCACAACUGCAUCAAGCACUUACGUGGCGUGGUACAGCAGCAGCAGACCAAGAUCUCUGAACUAGAGAAAAAUGCUGCAGAGCACAAACACCAGCUGGGGGAACAAAAACGGGACAUCCAGCUGCUAAAAGCAAACAUGAGAGCAAUACGCAGUGCAAACCCCAACAUGCAGAACCUGGAGGAGAGCAUUGAGUACAACGAGAUCCUGGAAUGGGUCAACUCCCUCCAACCUGUGCGGGUGACGCGCUGGGGCGGGAUGAUCUCCACGCCAGAUGCAGUUCUCCAGGCGGUCAUCAAGCGUUCGCUCAUCGACAGCGGCUGUCCUCUGUCCAUCAUUAACGAGCUGAUUGAGAAUGCCCACGAAAGGAACUGGCCGCAGGGCCUGGCCACGCUGGAGACGCGGCAGAUGAACCGGCGCUACUAUGAAAACUACGUGGCCAAGCGGAUCCCUGGGAAACAGGCGGUGGUGGUGAUGGCCUGUGAGAACCAACACAUGGGAGAGGACAUGAUCCUAGAGCCUGGCCUGGUCAUGAUCUUUGCCCAUGGAGUGGAGGAGAUCUUAUAAGUAGAUCUUAUAAUAACCCAACACUAGGAGCAGGGGGGUCUAGCAUGGCAGAGAGGAGUGCAAACCGGACAUUUUGAUUCUUGAGUUAUUACUCAUCUCUAAAAAAUACAUGGUAAUUAUGGGUCUAUUUCUUAACGACAGUUGAUAUGUCAGUUUUUGUCUCUAAAGAUAAGCAGUUGUAGGGGAAAUGAAAAGAUCUCAAUGGCUCCUAAAAUGAACAGAAGAGUAUUCCUUACAUAUGAGCUUAUUUAAUAUCUUUGCCUUAAAAGGACAUUUCAAAUACACGUGGAAAAAGAGAACUUAACUGAUAAUACCCAGGAUAUUCUAAGAUGGAAUGUUUGAGAGUCGCAUAAUAAAAAGCUAUGCCUGAUCUCCUAGGCUUCUCUGGUUCCCCCCAUCCUACACCUUGUACUAUGUAAAUUAAUUCAUAUCAAAAAAUCAUGUAAAUACAAAUAUUAUAUUGAAAAAAUAUAUACACAUUCUCAAGCUAUUCUUGUUAUACACUAAUAAGACUGUGGAUUUUGUCAGUUGGUAUCCAUGUGUUUAAGAAUGCUGCUCUGGACAUUUUGCUCACUUCAGCAUUGUUUUUUUGCUAAUCAUGUCAUGACAAUUGUAAGCCAUGAUGUUUUGCUUCUCGUUUAUUACAUUUUUGUUGUGCCAUGAAUUUUAUUUAUAGAUUUUGAAGACCUGCUGGGGCGGGAUCUCCACACCAGAAGCAGUAUGCUUGAAGAUGCUUUUUGUGUUUAUGUAAAUACAUUUGUCAUUUUAGAAAAUUGAAGCUCAUUGUUCAUUGCUUCCGUUGUACUUAGUGAACAUGAAGUUGGGCCAAUUGACGUUAAACCAUUGGAAUGUAACAUUGUGUAGUUUUACCUGUUUUAUUUUAUAAAUGGUUGAUGCUUGUUUGUGUUGAUAUUAAUUGACAAUUUCUUAUUUUUACCAAACUAUUUUAUCUAAAAGCUUUGAAUUACUGAAUGAUAGAGUGACAAGGGACUUGAUCUAAAGACAUGCAGUCGAAAACAACCAUGUGGAAAUCUAACUUCAAUGCUACUUCGUUAGUGUCACCAUAAUGAGAUACAUUUGGAUUGAGUUUUGUCAUUUUGUGUCCUUUUAUCUUUUGUGCUGUGGGGUAAAGAUGAAGGAAAAAAUAAAAUUGUGAUCUUGAUUGUCA